GAGCAUCUAUUUUCAUUGUAACAAAAAAUGACCCAGAAUUCUGAAAAUGCCAGGAGGCAAGAAGUUUCAAGUUCUUGUUUUACCCUAAAUCUGGUCACUGUUUUUCCAUUUAUGGACUUUUUUUCUUUUAAUAGGUAGAGUCUGUCCUAUUCCAAGUUUUUGAAGAAAUUGUGGUUCGAAUUAAAACUGAUUUUUUGGAAAUUGACUUUAUUUGAAAAAGUUUUCCCUUUAAAUUUUUUCCUGUACUGCCAUUCAUUUAGAUAAAACAGCAGAAAGAGAGCUACACAGAUAUCUUGAAGUACCCAAGGAAUUGCUCUGAGGAUGGCCAGCACAGACCCCCACUUGGGUUUCCUGGCAAACUUGCCUGCACAACUACUGACUUGUUUGAAAUGGAUGUAGCUCAGAGGCAGUGAACUGGGAUUUGGCUUUGUCUCCAUGGGGCAUGCCAGCGGGUCACAUUUCCUCUCUGAACCUCUCUCCAAGCCGCACUGUACUGAUGAAGGGAAAGGGACAAGGCUUCACAAGAAACAGCACAUGCUUUGCUUUCAUUUCUGGAAGUCCAGGGGUCGACCUACAGAUGCUGCUUCUUCCGUGGCUGAUGGCAUUCAGACCCCCAGCUGCCCACGGUGCCAGGCAAAUAACUGGACAGGCCAGCUCAGCCACAAGUCACAGGCUGCAGUCUCGGCCAGAGCAGCAGCCCCCCAGCCACAGACCACCUCUGCCGCCCCAUCCAGGAGCCUUCCCACCUCCCUCUGCCUUGCCUCAGCCCCGCCACAGGGGCUGAAGACCUGGGAGGUGGUGACAGCAGUGGCAGUGGUGCCUCCAGCCUUGGGGCCAGUCCAGGCACGUGGGACCCUGCUUCAGGCAACACUGCGGCCCCUCCAGGACCAAAGAGGGACCCAAGACAGCCCGGGUGCUCACCACUGCCUCUUCCUGUGGCUGGAACCUGGGCAAGGACUCAGAAUGGAAGCCGCCACUCCUGAGCCGAACUCGCAGGCCAGACUGGUGCAAGUACAGGAUCCAGUGAGCAGAAAGCAAGACAGCCGGGAGCGCCUGCAGCAGCUGCGGCCACUUCCCCAGCCUUCAGCCUCCUCCCAGCGAGAAGCAAAAUAUGUGGAGAUGUGCGCUUCAGCCAGAAUCCAGAGGGCGAGUCCCCRGACAGUGAAACUUACACUGGAACACCGCUCCGGGGAUCAGAAAGCCUCUAGGAGCCCAAAGGAGAAAGCCCAGGAUGAGCCCACUAGUCCAGAGUGCAGGACUCCAAUCCCCCAGAAGAACCCUGCUUCCUCAGAACGCUCCAGCUCCCAACUCUCCCACACUGAUGAGGGUGGCAACUCCUCCUGCUCCUCCCCUGUGGACAAAGCAGAAGACCAUGGCCUUUCCAAAAUGGAUGAAUCCGCCACAUCAUCCGGGGCGGCUCUGGCUACCUCCUCUUCAUCCUUAGGCUUUGAGAGUGAGAGCGAAGUGAGUUGCCCACCCAAGGGAGGAGAAGUAGGGAAAAAAGCAAGAGGAGGAGAAGGGCAGGAAGAGGGAGGGAGGGCAGGAGAUGGAACAGAGUGCAGGGACAUUAUUGCCAAGUCCCAGAGUAACAGGGACCCCCCCAAAAAUGAAGAGGCUCACUACAUCACCACCCAUGAGAUCCAGCUGAGUGAGGUGGAGCAGGACAUGGAUUUCGACGUGGGGCUGGCCUCCCGCUGGGAUUUCGAGGACAACAACGUGAUCUACUCGUUCGUGGAUUAUGCUUCCUUUGGUGGCAGCGACGAGACCCCAGGGGACGUCACCACCCCCACCGAAGAGGACGACGACAACAGCUGCUACCUCAGCACCACUCCCAGCACCAAUGCCACCCGGACACCCAGCCCCACCAGUAGCGACCUGGCUCGCCUCAGUGCAGGCAGCAGUGGUCGUGACACCAGCAGCACGGAAGUGGGCAGUGUCCCCUCCGACAGUGACCCUACUCCCCCACCCACUGGGCCUGGCACUGCCACCCUGCCUGAGCCUUUGCUGGAGCUCCGGGAGGCAGCUUCAGGGGCAGCCGCUACCACCGCCAGCAGCUGUGGGAGUGCAGCAAGCCAGAUCCUCCUAUCAAUCAAACCAACUUCCCGGGCUAUAAAUGAGCCUAGCAACGUGCGUGCAAAGCAAAACAUUAUUUAUGCUGCCAAGCAUGAAGGCGACAUGAGCCUCCGAGUCUCUACAGCUGCUGAACACAAUUCAAGUUCACUGAAGCAAAACUCGGCUGCAGCCGUGGCUCAGGACCAUGCAAAGAAAUUCAUUGCUGUCCCUGCUCGCCUGCAAACCAGGUGCGGGGCCAUACGGGCAAAGGAGCUGGUGGACUACUCCAGCGGAGCCUCCAGUGCCGUGAGCGAACUGGACGAUGCAGACAAAGAGGUGCGUAACCUGACCUCCCGAGCUUUCCGGAGCCUUGCUUACCCCUACUUUGAGGCUCUGAACAUCAGCUCCCGUGAGUCCUCCACCACCCUCUCCGAAGUGGGCUUUGGACGCUGGUCAACCUUCCUGGACCUAAAAUGUGGAGGUGUUGGAGCCAGGGUGGAACAGAGCCUUCUCAGGAGCAGCGCGGCCUCUGUGGCUGCAGGUCUGAGGAAGGGCAGUGGGGCCCGUGGUACUGCAGACCAGCUUUACAUCCAGUCCAAGAAGUCCCAGACCAAGGCCUUGGAGUUUGUGGUCAGCAAAGUCGAGGGGGAAAUCAAACACGUGGAGACACCCUUGUGUUUCCAGAAACAGAUCCAAACGGGUUCUCGCGUCGUCACCCUUCUGGAACCCCUGAAUUUACGCAGUGAAAGCAAAGCCAGCUCGGCCACUGGACCCUGCAGGGCCACCAAGGGCUCCAGCAAGGGACCUGGAUCGGUGUGCACAGAUGAUGGCUCAGAGACCUCUGAAAGCAACAAGCCUGCCCCCCGCGGUGAAGGCCCCCACAAGAAGUCCAAGUUUGCAUCCAGUCUGCUCAAAAAUGUCAUUUCCAAGAAGAUGCAACGGGAGCACGAGUUUAAAAUGGAGAGGGGGGAAGUCACUGACACAUCUCAUCACACCUCCAAGGAAGCAGAGGGGUCUUCUGGGGCUGAGAAACUGCGAGACAGGGGCUUGCAGCGGCAGAAUUCCCGCCACUCAGAGGCGGGUUCCGAGUACACGGUGGUCAGUGUGUCUGACGCAGGUGGGGAGGGGUCUAAAUCCCCAAUUUUCAAAGCCAGUACUCCUCGAGAAGGCAACGCAGGUUCUGGCCGGAGUUUCACUGAUGGACAAACGGAAGUGUGUGAAAUUAAAAAGAGUGCCUCAGAGACUGUGAAAGGCAUCUUUCUCCGCAGUCAGAACAGUGCUUUUCGGUCAUGGAAGGAGAAAGAGGCGGAGAAGCGGGAAGAGAAAGCCCCCAUUGGGAAGCUGAAGCUCCCCAAAGGCGGGGACUGGAGGGCGGAUCUCGGGGAGAUCUCUGCCAGCAAGUCCACCAUCAUGUCUCGUCUCUUUGUCCCCAACAUCCAGCAGACGCCCAAGGACAAGCAGCCAGGGAAGCAGGCCACCAAGUACCCUGCUGCCCAGGCCACAACCACGGCAGUGAUCAGACCCAAGGCUCCCGAAAUCAAGAUCCGGCUGGGGAGCGUCCAACAGCCAAGCUCGGACUUCAAUAUUGCCAAAUUGCUCACACCCAAGCUGGCUGGAGGCAGCGCUUCUAACCUCUUUAAGACCAUUGAGGACAACAGCAGGGCACAGCAGAAACUGUUCCGUGGGGACAAUCUGGAAAAAGUGCCCCAGUUCCAGGUGAGAGAUGUCAGAGACAAGUCCAAGGCUCAAGGGCCCCUCCACCAGGUGAGAGAUGUCAGAAAACUAAUCAAAGGAUCAGGGGACAGCAGUGACAAAGGCAGCAUUACUCCAGAGCAGGGACUGACAGGGUCCAAGCCCAGGCAGCUGGCUCCUGCAGCUGGUGGAUCCAGAUCCCUGUCUCCCAUGGUAAUUACGUGCCAGGCUGUAGUGAACCAGAGAGAAGACAGCAUGGACCGGGAGCCCAGGGAAGGCAUGGGCAAAGGGAACAGCAGCAGGAUCAUGAACUCUUCCUCUCCAGAAGGGACGGUCUUGGUUCACAGGGCAUCUGGCAGGCUGCCUGUGGCCACCAUUGCCCCCAAUAAACCUGAGCAGGGCUCAUACCUGCCUGUGCUCAAGAUUGUCUCCAAGGCUGCUGCUCAGAAGACCCCAGAGAAAACCAAGGAGGAGGACAUUAAGGAGGAAGGUAAAACCCCAAAGCCAGCCCGAAAUGCCCUGGAGAAGCUGACUGCUGCAGUGAGAUCCAUGGAAGAGCUGUACAGUUUCAACAGGAAUGAGUGGAAACGGAAAAGUGAUCCCUUGCCCAUGAUGACAGACAGUCAUGUCCUGUCACUCAUUGCUAGUGAGGAGAGGGAAGGGGUGGUGGGUCCUGAGGGAAACCCUGACAAGUUGGCCAAACGACUAGGUGAGGUGGAAGAACGAGGUGCCGGAAACAAAGGUGCUGUGGUCCUGAGAGGGGCUCCCGUGGAACGUCUGCAGAGGAGAAACUCCAACCCCAGCACCGAGAGUGUGUCUGCCCGGGCAGCCGCCUUUGAGAACAUGGCCAGGGAAAGGCCCCGAUCCCUCUAUAUUCCCCCUGUCCACAAAGAUGUGGAAAGAACCCAGCCUCUGCAGCCCCUCCCACCGCUCCCCAGCAACCGGAACGUGUUCACAGUGAGUGCCAGUAGCACUCAGAAAACUGGGGGUGUCGCUGGCAAGUUCCCACAAGGGCCUUCUCCAGAGAGCUCUUCAGUGGUCAAGGGCAUCAAAUCACAGGGACUCCGGUCCCUCAAGAUCUCUCCGGCCACCCAGGCACCACCCAAUGAGGCGACCAACAGGAAAAGUGGCAUCAAUUUGGAGAAGAGCAAUAGUGACUGUGAGAACUACCUGACUAUCCCCCUUAAGGGAACCUCUGCUGCAGGAGAGUUACCUGGUAGACCUGGUGCUGCAAGAGAGGGGGGCCCCAUCUCCUCAGCUGCCACUCUCUGCAGCUUACCCCCACUGAGUGCCCGAAGUCAGGUCUCCAGUAGCCCCAAGGGCUCUCAGGUCAGUGGAACCAGCCGGCCAGCUUGGCGUACCAAACCUGACAACCCCCGGGAGACAGCAGCAGCUGCCCGCUCAGGGCCACAGAGCCCCGAGCAUACACCCACUGCCAUCUACCAUCAGCAGCCACUGCCCUUUACCCUCCAGGGUGCCCAACCUCAAGUCCUCUGCUUCUCACCACCAGGCAUGCCUGCCCCAGCUCCUGCAGGCCCAGCUGCUGUUCCUACAGACCCCUUCCAGCAGUCACCGCCUCAGCAAACUCAGCGCAAGAUGCUCCUGGAUGUGACCACGGGCCAGUACUAUCUGGUGGACACACCAGUACAGCCCAUGACUCGGAGACUAUUUGACCCUGAGACAGGGCAGUAUGUGGAUGUGCCCAUAACCUCCCAGCAGCAGGCUGUGACUCCCAUGUCCCUCCCUGUGCCUCCCUUGGCCCUGAGUCCUGGGGCCUAUGGACCCACCUACAUGAUCUACCCUGGGUUUCUGCCCACAAUGCUGCCCACCAAUGCUCUGCAGCCCACACCAAUUGCUCACCCUCCAGGGGGUGGUGAGCUCUCAAUGGCGACAGAACCGCACAACAAAGAGGCAGCUGCAACUUUCACAGAGGCCCCCUACUUCAUGGCCUCUGGUCAGUCUCCUGCCACCUCUUCCUCCUCAGCCCCAGCAGCUACAUCCCAGCUGGUGGGAGCCAAGGGCUUCGCCCAGCUGCACGGCAAACCUGUCAUCAGCAUCACUUCGCAGCCCCUGGGACCGCGGAUCAUUGCUCCCCCUUCCUUUGAUGGCACCACCAUGAGCUUUGUGGUGGAACACAGAUGACGAGAAGUCACCAGAAAGCAGAUUGGAACAGCUGCUGGAGCAAGACAGAAAUACAGACUCUCUAAAAGUUGAAAUGUAAUAGCACUAUGAAUCCAGCUGAAAAAUGUCCUCCACAUGAGUAAUUCUUAAUUUUUGCUUCUUAUAAACCAAGUGUGUAAGUUUUCAUAUUUUCCUGAACAAUUCUCUUAAAGGCAGUUUUGUUAUUUAAGUUUCACUAAGAUGAUUGAAUGGUUGCAUUUUUUUCCCCUGUAAAACUAUUUCUUUUUAUACUUUAAUACAAGAGACAAGCUUUCUGUUCUCCUCCCUCCCUCUUGCACUUCUGACUAGGCAAACAAUCCCUUAAGUGUUUGCCAUGCUUCAACCAAAACCCACAACCGAAUGGGAUGGCUUCUGUUGUAAACAAAGUGAGCAAAUCAGUAAUUUGGAUCACAAAUCACCUUACAGGUUCUUGGAUUCUAUCAAAUGUAGCUGGCAGAGUUGUAGCACAUAUUUAGGUGUAAAAUAUAUUGGGUCUGCUCUUGGAAUCAUAUAUCAGCUAAACCUUCUCUUGUUUGUGCUCUGUGUUCUUUUAUUGGGUUUGGGAUGAUUUCAAAUGUGAUUGUGGAAAACAAUGGUUUUAACUUUUGUGCUUUGUUUUUAAUUUUUUCCCACUUGUACAAUGCCAUGACACUAUUUGUUGCCUUAAAAUAGAUUGGCUUUGAACAGUGGAAAGUCAGUGACUGCAUUUAAAAUUAAGUUCUUUGUUUCAGAAAGGUAUAAAAUAUCUAUUUCCCUUUAAAAAAUCCAACAUUUGUUAUGAGUGUGUAGCCUUUUUUUUCCUUGUGAUUCCCUCCAUAGUUGUACACUCCUGUCUCUCACAGACUGGAGUCUGAAGAGUGACCUGUUUGGGGCAGUUGAGUAGAAUGUGAACUCUUAAUUCAGGGGCUCUAAUUCCCUCUAGCCCUGGCCCUCUCCAAAGCAGUAACCUAGAAUUACAGUGCUUGCUUGUUAUGAGGCAGGUUUUAAGAGAUGUUAAAAAAUCCAAAUCACUGGAUCUUUCACUGACAUUUGAUAUUGCCUCCGUUGUAAUCCAAUUCUGAAGGCUAUUUGAGUGAGUGUUCACAGUGAGUCUGAAGGGCUGAUUGAACAGAUACUUAUUUAACUUGUCAUGAUUUAUAAGGUGUCAAUAUACACUCAACAGAUGUUACAUUGAAAUAUUUCUUAAUUCCUUUCUAAAGAAAUAUCCCUUUAAAAGCCAAACAAUUCUCCCAGACUGUCUUUCAGGAGUCUCCUUUUAUUAACUUAUUUGUUUAAAGCCAAGGCAUUUUGGUAAUUUUUCAGAAGCAUUAUUUUGAUAUGAAUGAUUGUCAAUAUUUGGUUUCAGCUUAACAAUUGCUCUCAAAGCCACAGAAUUAUAUGUAAUUCAUGAGACUGGAUUUUAUAUGAUUAAUAUAAUCUUAUUACUCUGUAAUUAUGCUUCUCAUCUAGACUUUUUAAAAAACAACAACAAAGGCACUUUCAGGGGAUUUCUUAGCGGGAAUCUCAUUAAAAAAAUAAAAAGUUCUUUUGUGUAAAGAGAAAUAUUUGACACAGGAAAUCUCACCACAAUUCAAUUACUCAUUGGGCCAAUGAGCUGUGAAAUGAAGCUUUCAUCUYCAUGAGACAUGAAAUAUGAAGCAUAGUCUCUGUAUGGAGAAGAAGCUCUGUGCCAUAUUUGGGAAAACACUUUUUCUUUAUUAUAGAAGUUUUCUUACCCAGGUACAUGAGUAGAUUCACUCCAGAACUUAAUUUUUCACCACUGGGGGGGGGCGGGAAUCUUAAAGCAUCAGUGCUUCUUCAUUUUUGAGAGAGAUUGGUUGGAAAUAAGGUCGCUUCAUAUGGAAACAAGAAAGUAGCAUUCGUUUUAAAAAUUUCAGACUAUGAACCCUCAAAUCAGCACCAUGAAAUCUCAAGUAUUUGACCUUGAGUAGUGAAACUUACAUAGGGCGUGGGCGUACAAUAUGUACAGUUACAAGAUGUGAGACUGGUUUAAAAAACAGGGGACUUUCAAGAAAGCCCAGUGGCCGCACUGAGCCAUGGCUACUUGCCAGUUCCUCCAAAUGGGGAACACUCCUUCCCUAGAGAAUGGGGUAAGGCUGAGGGUUGAGCUGCUCAUUAGCUAUUUACCGAUAUUUAUCACCAGCAGAUCUGAGCCUUGGGUUCUCACACUGAGGUAAACUAGGAUAGAAACUGGGAAAGAACUUUUCAUUUGUUGGCUCUGAGAGGCUGAGUCCAUGGGGAAGUUGCUGUUCUGUGAGUUCCAUAUCGGCUAGUGGUAAUGUCAUCAUACCAAACAAACCUGUAGGCCAUUUACUCCCCUAAGACAGGAAAAGAACGUUUUCACAGGCGUAAGGGAAAUUUCCAUCCUCCUUUUCAUUGCUUAGUCAUUUCUUGAGGUUGCAUGGACAUUUGAAUGAAGUGAUUAUGCCCUUCCUUUUCAACAAAAAUGGAACAAAACAAAAGUCUAGGAAGCCCUCAAACUAUUACCCCAACAAUGUUCUAUAGCCACUGAGACCCGAUUUAUGUUUUAUUUACAUAAACCACGAAUAAAGCAUUUCCUAAAGAAAGCCUUGAGCUUGAAUCUAAUCAGAAUUGUGGAGUCUGGCUUUUGUGAUUUCCACUCAGGGUUAUGGGUGUGGCUCACUUUUCUAGAAAAAUCACAGAUUACUCUGUGUACAAAUCUUGACCCAUUUCCUCUAUUUUUUUUUUCCUGUUGGUGAAAGGCCACAUUGAAAUAGGCCCAUUUGGAGAGUUUUUGGAAAAAUUGAACACAUCUGUAAUCCAUAUGAAAAUUGUAUUCUCCAGAAUGUAUUUUCCUGAAAACACUCACUGAAAUUGCACUCAGGAUUAAAUGAAGCCCAGAAACACCAGUAAAGACUCAGGAUAUAGUAUUUCUGUAUGUUUAUCACUGAGUAAAUAAGCUAAAAAAUUACACUUUGAAAACAUUAUAAAAAUAAUUCUCAAAUAUUAACCUGAAUUUCAAAUUUGUCCUCAGAUCACUAGGAAACAUCAAGUGAUAGAAAUUCCUUUUUCUUAAUUUCAGAUUUGACUUUAUCAUCUUUGCUUCUUCACAAGAUUUAAUGCAUUUUGAUUGUCUUCAUCCUUCAUAGAAAUGAAAGUCUGUGUUUGCUACAAAUUGAAUGUUCACGCUACCCGAAAUAAUAUUUUGGACUACAGACUGCAGGACAGUAUUGAUUCCUAAGUAGACUGACUAUAACCUCAUGAUAAGUCUGUGUAAGUGCAUGGGAAAACACAGUCAACAAUAGUCUUUGUAUAAAACUAUCAUGCUAUAUAUUUUCCUAUGUGGUGCUUGAGGAGUUUCAUUCUACAGUUUACAAGGUGUAGGUUUGCACCCCAAAUUCUCAGGGUAUGUUAUUUUACCCAAAUACUUGAAAGAAAAAGGUGCCCUGUAUUUUAUCAGUACUGUUGAAGGGGAAAAUUAUGUGUAAGUUUGUUUGAGAAAA